CUCUUUUCUCUUUUGUUCUAUAUCGUACCCCUGACCUCUCUCUCUCUGAGAGCCGUCCAUUAGUUUAUAAAGUCUAUGAUUACACGUUACCACGAUUAGAAUACGUAAAUGCCCGCACGACGCGCAAAAUUGUCAAAACUGCCGGUAAAAUUCUAUUGUUACGUAACAAUCUUCCAAAGCUUCAAUCCCGGACUCGAGGCACAAUCGUCGGCCAUUGUUAUAUUCUGUGCACAGCAAAUCUUUUAUUAUACGAUAUCGUAUAUAGUAUUAUCCAUUUCGGCACAGUCAUUAUUCUCACUAUUCAAUACUAUUAGACUAGUAGACUUGUUCAUGUUCGCCGAGGAUCAACCAUCAACGUCAGGUGUGAGUACGUUAGAUAAUAUGUCAGUAAACGAAAUGGAUGUCUUACAGACUUCAUCAUAUUGUGAAAGUGAUUUAAAGCAAGUACUGAAAUCCAAUGCAUCUGGACCAACUAAUUUUAGAAAUAGCUAUCACUCUGUUAAAAUACUUGAAGGAUUACAAUCUUUACGCAAAAAUGAAGUUUUAUGUGAUAUUAAAUUGGAAACAGAUGAUGGUAAAAUAAUAUGCGGACAUAAAAAUAUUUUAGUAGCAGCUAGCCCAUAUUUUUGUUCAAUGUUUAGUACUUUUAAUGAGAGUGAUAAAGAUAUAGUUAAUAUGAGAGAAUUCGAUUCUGACGUCUUGCAACUAUUAGUAGAUUAUAUUUACAAUGGUGAAAUUAUGGUUACAAAGGAAAAUGUUCAGGUUUUGUUAUCAGCUGCAAAUAUCCUACAAUUAGACUAUGUAAAAAUUAUAUGUGCUGAGUUCUUACAAACACAACUGGAUCCUUCAAAUUGUAUUGGUAUCAAAGCAUUUGCUGAUUUACAUAACUGCACAAAAUUGAUGUCAAGUUCUGAAGCAUUCAUUCAUAAAAAGUUUUUAGAAGUGGUAAAAUGUGAUGAGUUCCUAUAUUUAUCUUGUGAAAAAGUAAUUCAGCUUAUCUCCUGUGAUGACCUUGAUGUUCCAUUUGAAGAAAAAGUAUUUGAAUGUGUUAUUAAUUGGGUAAAAUAUGAUUUGAAUUCGAGAAAAGAUUUUUUGCCAGAAUUAAUGGAACAUAUACGUUUGCCAUUAAUAGCAUCAAAGCCAGAUAUAUUAAAAAAUAUAGCUGAAGAACCUCUUCUUAAAAAUAAUCCCAAAUGUAAAUGUUAUUUUCAUAAAUAUGUUUUCACUAUAAAUAUAAUAUGUGUUUUAUUUAUUAUUAUUAUACUUUAUUCAGGUAACAAAUUUGUAUUAGAAGCUUUAAGUUUCCAUCUACAAAAGUCAGUUCAGAAUUUCACCAUUUCUCAUUCGGUUCGGUAUAAACCUAGACAGUUUGGUGGCUUAAAAAAAGUCAUUCUAAUGUUCUACUGGUCUGACACACUUCCAAAGUGUUAUACAGAAUGGUAUGACCCAGCAACCAACAUACGGAGAAGUGCACCAGAAAUGAAUGAUUGUCGUAGGAAAGCGGGUGUAGGGGUCAUAAGAGAUCAAUUUGUUUUUGUUAUAGGAGGAGUGAAUAGCUCAAGUUCUAAAUCUGUUAGUAUGCUUGAUGUAUCUUCACCCUUGCCAUGUUGGAUACCGAUGAUCAACAUGUUGGUUAGUCGAGCCUAUUUAGGAGUUGGUAUAUUAGACAAUAAUAUAUAUGCAGUUGGUGGAUUUAAUGGUUUUGUUCCAGUAAAUAAUGCUGAGGUGUUUGAUAUCAAUAUUCAAAAAUGGAAAAUGAUAGCUAGUAUGACUACUAAUAGAAGCCUUUUUGGUAUUGGUGUACUAAAUGGUCGUUUAUAUGCGGUAGGAGGUUUUGAUGGCUAUGAUAGUUUGAAGUCUGUUGAAAGUUAUGAACCCUCACUUGACACAUGGACACCAGUUGGAGAACUAUCUGUAUGCCGUGAUAGUUUUAGUAUUGGGGUCAUGGACGGAGUUAUGUAUGCUAUCGGUGGCAUUGAUGGAUCUGAGAAUCUUAAAAGUGUCGAGGCGUAUAGACCAAGUGAUGGAGUAUGGUAUUUUAUUGCUGAUAUGCAUUUGUGUCGAAAGAAUUCUGGGGUAGUGGUAUUAGAUGGUUUAUUAUAUGUUAUUGGCGGAGAAUCUGAAGAAUCAGUUGUCAAUACUGUAGAAGUGUACAACCCUAAAACCAAUACCUGGUCCAUGGGAACAUUGCCAAGAAAUGACAUUGAUGUCUCUGAUGCCAAAGUUUAUAGUGGAGUAGUCAUUAAUAGGCCACCACAUUUUAUUACUAAUUAACAUAAUAUUAUAUGUUCUCGUUAUAAUACACUUUUAUUUAUGUAUGAUUUAUAACGAAACAUUUUUUUAUUCUAUCAUUUUUUUUAAAUUUCAAUUUAAAGUUCAAUUUAAAGUUUUUUGUUUUAUUUAAUAUUUUAAUUUUGUAUUGUAUCCAAAUUUAAAAAAUACAAUAUAAUAUAUUCAGUAGAUGUGUUCAUAACAGUAUAUAAUCAUUUUUAUUUAUUCUAUCAAUUUUUUAUUUUGUGAAUGUUCAAUUUAAAGUUUUUUGUUUAAUUUAAUAUUUUAAUUUUGUAUUGUAUUCAAAUUUAAUAAAUACAGAAUAUUAUAUUCAGUAUAUAAUCAUUUUUUCACAGCAAUGCCUUGCUUUAAACUGCAUAUUAUCAAGUACAAAACUAAAAA